UACGGCGCUUUUGAUCAAACUGGAUACAUCUACGUCAAUUAAACAUCUCAUCAGUCGUUGCUUGUAUCAUUGCUCGGGCUACCAGAAAUCAAAGUGUGCGCUGCGGUAAUCGUAACAACUUUUUUGUUUUGAUCUAGACAUGGUGUGAAUUUAUGAAGGGAGGUGGGAAAGGUGACGAUGAAAGGCCUGAUUUAACAGGCGGUUGGACACUGGUAGCCCGGGUCAAGGGACAAGCUACUGACUGGUCGCCUAUUUCUGAUCUUUGGGCUAAUAAUGAAACUUUGAAUGAGGGUACUGCAGGAGACACUAAAAGUACAAUAUCUAUGAAAAACGUAGGUUACAACCUAAUAAAAAGUGAUGUUCUGUUGCUGUGUUUUACUGGACGCAAUACAGGCUGUGCCAAAUUCACACACAACAAGAACAUGCCGCUACAAAGACUUUUUGCUAAUCAGUACGGUGUUGUACCGGAUGAACAAUACACUAUUGCGCCCUUUAUGAAGGCGAUAGGAAAGUCUUGCGAUUUGUCGAUAUUACGUCAAAGUUGGUGCGGUAUGAAUUUAGCGAAUGUUUGCGAUGCUAAAAAAGCAAACCCAAACGAGAAGCCACCACGUACAACCCAUAUAGUCCGAAUUGGUUGUAUCGGAGAUCGUACGGCUACGUGUUUUCCUGACGAUUACGCUGUGGGUAUUGGUGUUACGAGUUGUAAAGAUGGUUUCGGUUGUAGCAACGUAGGUGCAUCGAAAAAUAUGCAUUAUAGAUGUGAUUAUGUGUACGGCGCAUUUUCGCAAACAGCUUUUAUAUACGUUUUGUAAAUAAUUUUUCCAUAGUCAUUUUUUAAUAAACUGAACAUUUAACCAA